AUGGAGAAAAAGAGAGCGACUGAGGAAGACACCGGCGACGAGUCUCCGGCGACUAAGCGGCGGAGAGAGGCACCGGAAACGGUUGAGUUCAACGGCUACGACGACGUUUUGCCGUGGUUAUCGAUGGAAGGUACUUGCAAGACUGAUGCGAUGAGUGAGUUAUUCAAGCUCGUCGAUGACUCCACGGAACUUGCUCCGUCUUCGACUUGUUCUCCGACGUCGUACUGUACGAAAGUCAAGUUCAGCGACAAUCCGUACUCGUCGGCGUUGAUUUUCCAGUCUUCAUCCUCGUACGUCACCAUAAACGGCAACGAAGAGAGUUGCGGUUCGUCGUUUUCGGACUCGGAGUCGAGCGUGAUGGCGAGUGUGGACAUGAGGGGGAUCGUGAGCACUAAUGUGAAGUUUGAUAACGGUUUGGAAGAGAUCAGAGGGUGGUUGGAAGCGGAAGAAGGAAGCGCGUGGGGUAAAAGCGAGGGAGAGUCGCGUGAGACAUGGACGGUGGAUUGGGAAUGGGACGAAGAGCAGCUCGCCAGGUUUUUGGGUGAGGAAUGCCUUUUUUGA